CUGGAAGAGUUUUUGGAAAGGACCAUUUAUGAGAAGUUCUCUGGACACAAUGGCAUCCUCAACCCCUUUGACCGAGGCCAACACCACCUUUACCCUGGCGUUGUUCAAAAAGAUCACGGAGGAAAACAAUUCUGGCAAUGUCUUCUACUCUCCUCUCAGCAUCUCUUCGGCCCUGGCCAUGGUGCUGCUGGGUGCACGGGGGAACACCUCCACACAGAUGUCAGAGGCGCUGCAACAUCAGAAGGGCGAGGAGGACAUCAACGCCAGCUUCUCCAAACUGCUGAGCGAGCUGAACAAGCCAGACGCGCUGUACUCCCUCAGUCUGGCCAACAGGCUGUAUGGAGAGAAGACUUACCAGUUUGUUCAGGGGUUCCUGGAUGAAACCAGGAAGUACUACCAGGCAGACCUCCAGUCUGUGGACUUCAAAGCCAAGGCAGAGGAGGCCAGGGUGGAGAUAAACACCUGGGUGGAGACACAGACCCAAGAUAAAAUCAAGGACCUGUUGGUACCUGGUGUGGUUGACUCGCUGACAAAGUUGGUGCUGGUCAACGCCAUCUACUUCAAGGGAAAGUGGGACAAGCAGUUCAAGGAGGAAGCCACCAAGGAGACUGCCUUCAAACUGAACAAGAAUGACACUAAGAAAGUGAAGAUGAUGUACCACCAAGCAAGGUUCACUAUUGCCUUCAUUCCUGAGGCGAAUUGCCAGAUCCUGGAGCUGCCCUAUGAAGGCAAAGAACUCAGCAUGCUGAUCUGCCUGCCUAGGGAAAUUGAGGACGGCACCACUGGCCUGGAGAAGCUGGAAGCGAUGCUGACCUACGAGACCUUCAUGAAAUGGACCCGGCCAGACAUGAUGGGCCAGAGUAAAGUCAAUGUGGGCCUGCCGCGAUUCAAGAUGACUCAGACCUACGACAUGAAAGACAUGCUGGUCAGCAUGGGCAUGGUGGACGCCUUCGACCAGGGCCUCAGUGACUUCUCUGGCAUGUCCUCGGCCAACGACCUGGUGCUGUCCAAGGUGGUCCACAAGGCCUUCGUGGAGGUCAACGAGGAGGGCACCGAGGCCGCCGCCGCCACCUUCUGCCGAUAUAUCCCUAUGUGCGCCCCCUACCAAUUCGUCGCCGACCACCCCUUCCUCUUCUUCAUCCGCCACAACCCAAGCAAGAGCAUCCUGUUCGCCGGCCGCUACAGCUCACCUUAGUGAUGGCUGAGGGUGGGGGACGGAGGGGGGGGGGGGGGGGGGGGUGGACAAGUGUCUGUGAGAGCCUCCGAUGUGAUGUGCACAGUGCUUGCCUACAUUCAUUAAGUGUUCACUUGUCUUUUAAAGGUCCCAUGGCAUGCUUCUUUAUGGCUGCUUUAAUAUAGAUAUUAGUGGGCCCCUGACACAAUAUUUUAAGACGUUCCCGAAAUUCAGCCGUGGUGCAGAAUUACGGCCACUACGAGUCAGUCGCACAUGAUUGAGCUUUCCCCAAACACGCCGUUUCGGUGUCUGUAGCUUUAAUGCAAAUGAGGAGGAGAGAGGCGGGUCAAGGAGGAGGGUGGGGGUGGGGCCCAGAGCAGCUUGCGGCCACGGUACCAUGCGCUCUGUUUACAGUAGAUGUAUCGCAAUGGCGAGGCACACACAGCCUUUGGCCGUGUUCUGUAAAUAUUCUAGAACACUCCGGGCGCUCCGGCGGGAAUCCUGGAGUACAAUGUCUAAAUGAUAUCAUAUAAUACAUAGAUAUCUAUAUCAUAUAAUACAUAUUAUCAUGGCCAAAAGCUGUGUGCGCCUCCAGACUAUAUCAUGAAUCUCAAACGACGUGUCAAUGACGUGUGUCCGGUUCACUGACGUCUCUGGUUCUUCCACGUCCACAUCAAUCUGAAGUAGACUGAACCAUGACAUGGAGGAGAAAGGAAUUUUUGUGUGCGAUUGUGUACCGCAGUGUUUUGGUUUCACUAAUAGGUUAUAGGUCUAGGCUGUGUCACUACAAAAGCUGUCCAUGCACAUCUAUCAGAGUGUCGUAACCAGACACCAGACAGCGAUUAAAAAAGUCAAGUUCAAUACAAAAAUAACUUAUUUUACGUAGUUUAAACGUACUAUUCUAAACUGAUUAAAAUGGAAAGAUAUUCCAAGGUGUCCCUCUAUUUCCUACCCAGCGGACCCUAGUUUACGGCAAAAACAACACAAUUGACGGCAAAAACAACACAAUUGAUGGCAACUCUUUUGCCGCCCUUGACGUCGUUAACGUGGUUUGGAGCAGAGAUGUUUGGACUCAUGAAGUCGUUUGCAAAGUGAACGGUGCAUACAUUGUGUACAUUAAUGUUCCUCAUCACAGCAUCCUGCUCCUAUCACAGGAAUCUACAAUCAAUAUGUUCGGGGCUUUGUUCAGAAUAUUCUGCAUAUAAGAUGAACAUGUAUUAAAUGCCGUAUAUGUGCGUGGAUGUUACAGAAAAUGAAAUAACGGCCUUAGUCAAGUCAAGUCAAGUCGGGUCAAGUUUAUUUAUACAUUGGUCCACACCAAAGUAAAGAGAAUUACAGUAGUCUAUAGACGGGACAUUAUGAACAGGUGAAUGACUCUUUCAAAGUCCUUUGGUGGGAGAUACGGCUUUACUUUCGCGUGUAAGACUGGUCCACAGUCUAUGGGGAGUUGUGCACAAAACAUCUCAUUUUAUUAUUACCAAAGUAUUGUUUAGUGUCUUUUUUUUACGUCAUUGGCCAAUUCUUUAACAUUUUUUGUAAUAUUCUGAGGCUUUUAUUGUUGCAGUGCCAUUUCUUUUACGUUCUUUGACAUGACUUGUAUCUCAUGAAUGUUUAAAUAACCGCAAUCCAGGAGACUCAUGACAUAGUAUAUCAUUUCCAGAGAAGAGUAGCCCCAAAGCAUCAUCAAGUCCAUUGUUGUCCAAAAUUCACUAUCCACUCCUUAACCCUAAUUCAACAUCACGUGUAUUUCACUGUUGAUCAUGCAUUUACAAUUUUAACUAAUGUGUAUCUCCUGCAUUAUCUUUCAUCGUUGACUGGAUUAUCAUGUUAUGAAAUGACCCACCAGUUUAUAUUUACAUUGUUAUCAUUGAUGUUGAAAUAAAUGUAAGUAUCACACCAA